AUGAAUCAACUUUUUGUCUGCACGACCCUUUUCCCCACCAAGGGAGCACGGGAGGUUCAUGGUUACUUUUCAGUUCAGGAUUUACUACUUCAUACCGAUCACAUAAUCGGCAAUCUUCUACUCUUUGAGGGCCAGGCACCUGGAUUGUUUGUCCACCCGUUUGCCUCCAUCCCCGGCGAACACGGGCAGGGUCAGUCGACCCAGAUUCAAGCCCGGAAAAAAGUCGCAGUUAUGGUCCUGGCUUUCGUGAUCAUCUUCAUCAUAUGUUUCUUCCCCUUGCGGAUCUUCAUGCUGUGGGUCUAUUACAACGAAGAUUGGCAAAACGAUUACAACUACUUCUGGCAUUACUUCCGCAUCAUUGGUUUCUGCCUGGCUUUCUUCAACUCUUGCGUGAACCCCAUAGCUUUCUACUUUAUCAGCAAGGCUUUCCGGAAGUAUUUCAACUACUAUCUGGUCUGCUGCCCUUAUGAGACCUUAGAAGAGUCCACGAUCGCAGCCACGAAUAGUUCUAUCAGCAGGAGACAGAACUCCGUCAUGAUGACGAGCCUCAAGGACAGUCACGAGAAAACCUAACUGGUCAGCACUGCUGAUGUAUCUGUUGACUUAUUAAGUUACAAUGCUAACAAUUUUAAGUGGACCUUGAUUGCUCUGCUACCACCGUAUCAAUGGUGAACUUAUAAUAUUCAAUACGCUUUUCCUCCUUUUGUAAUUUUAGUUCACUUUUCUGCCUUCACUGUAAAGUCAGUUCACAACUUUGUGCCAUACACACAUUUAAUCAAAGAUCACCUGGUUUUUAGUGAGUUGGUCUGUUUGUGCUUGAUCAUUGAAUCGAUUCAAACGGAGUGCUCUCAAUUAGAGAAUGAUAAUGUUCAGCCAUAUAUUUUUUAUUGUGAAACAAGAACGUAGCCAGGAGGAAAUUAGGAGGGAUCCAGACAACUGAUAUUUUCCUGUAAUGGAGAGAGAGUAAGACCCCAUUUUGUUCCUUAAAAAG